CACGCCGCUCAAAACAACAAGGGCUCCUUUGCUAACUCUAAGAGCGCCAUUUUCCCUAUCCGCGCUACGCAGAUUCUACAGCUAAAUGUCUGCACAGCAGACUCACAACGUCGUCAUCGUAGGGGGAAAUUUUGGGGGCGUCAACCUCGCCCACUAUCUUCUUCAGCAGAGCUUUCCCGCUCUCAAGAAGCUCGAUCCUACCACCUCACAUCGCGUCACCCUGGUGACACCGAACGAUCACUUCUUCUUCAAGAUUGCAUCUCCCCGAGCGCUCAUAAACCCCACCUUGAUUCCUGACGACAAGAUCUUUCGUUCCAUCAGCGAGGCCUUCAAGGACUACGACAAGGAGACCUUUACCUUUCUCCAGGGAAAGGCGACAUGCGUUCGUCCUGAAGAUAAGAGUAUCACUAUUGCAUCCGCCAGUGAUCCGCAGCGCGAGAUCAAGUACGACUCACUCGUCAUCGCCACCGGCACGACAUCGACCUCGCCGCUCUGGACUUUGCAUGACAACCAUGAGCAGAGCCGCACCACUCUGAAGGCCUUACAUAGCACCCUUCCCAAGGCAUCAACUGUCCUCAUUGCAGGAGCGGGCCCGGUCGGAGUCGAAACCGCUGGCGAGAUUGCCUCAGCGUAUCCGGACGCAAAGAUAACGCUCAUCACCCCAGGGGAACGCGUGCUGCCGAGAGUCAAACCAAGUAUCAGUGCGGAAGCAAAGCAGGCGCUCGAGGACCUAGGUGUCACCCUGAGACUGAAUACGGGAUUGGCAGAAGUAACAGCAGAUAUCGACAUACGACCGAUCCAACUUAGCGAUGGCUCAUCCAAGAACCCGGAUGUCUUUAUCAAUGCGACCGGUCCGCGAACGAUGAACACCGCAUGGCUUCCCAGUGACUGGCUGGACAGCGAAAGCAGAGUUAGGACGAGCGACCCGUAUUUCCGUGUCAAAGGCAAUACCAAAACCAAGGGCGUAUAUGUCAUCGGCGAUGUCGUGUCUGGAACGAACAAGACCGCAAUCGAGAUCGACGCCAUGGUCCCCACUGUUGCAUCCAGCAUUGCUGCAGACAUCGCACAGGGAAAGGUUCAAAGCACCGGUGGGCUGAUGGCUUGGUUGAACCCAUUCGGAAAGGCAUCCAACUUGGUUCAACGGGAGUACAAACCGAUGAAGGAUACGAUCAUCGUCCCUAUUGGCCCGAGCGGUGGUGUUGGUCAGGUAUUUGGUUGGGGAAUGCCGUCUUUCAUGGUGAGGAAGGGCAAGGCGGAGAGCUUCCUCAUGGAGUUAGUGGAGCCUCUUGUUACAGGAAAGAAGUGGGUGUAGACAAAAUAGAAUUUAAAGUCGAAGUGCUUAUGCAGUCGGGAACAUAUCCGCAAUUAUUUC